AGUUGUUUUCCUGUAGAUUGGUUUGGCUAAAGAGUAAUCAAUCGUUAAAGAAGCAUACAGAAGUGUUGCAGGAACAUAUAUAAUACAUCGCAUGCAAAAAAUGGCCAAAAUAAAAACAAUAACAUCGGUGCAGACAACCACAACAUCACCAGAAGAAUGCGAAACCAAAGCUCCAACUACAUUCAAUGAAAGAUUCGCCGGCAUAGUCUCCACAUCCAAAUCCAUCCUUAAGAAAUAUGGUUCCUUCAUAGGUCCAGGAAUGCUCAUCAGUGUGGCAUACAUGGACCCAGGUAAUUAUGCUACAGGUAUAACGGCAGGGGCCUCCAACAAAUACUCUCUUUUAUUCAUUGUAUUCUUAUCCAACAUAAUCGCCAUCUUCUUACAAAGCCUUUGCAUAAAAUUAGGAUCAGUAACCGGGUACGAUCUUGCUCGAUGCUGUCGAGAAUAUUUGCCCAAGAAGUUGAAUUGGGUAUUGUGGAUAUUGGCCGAAUGUGCUAUUGUUGCUACUGACGUGGCUGAAGUCAUUGGGUCCGCUAUUGCAUUGAACAUCUUGAUCAAGGUACCAUUGCCUGCUGGUGUGGUGAUCACUAUUGUCGAUGUUUUGUUUGUUCUUAUGGCAUAUCGUGCUGAUACUUCCCUGAUGAAGUUUGUCAAGUAUUUCGAAUGGGCCGUGGCCGUAUUGGUGUUUGGUGUGGUUAUUUGUUUUGCAGUUGAAUUAUCUCAUAUAAGUGCUGAUGCAAGAGAAGUUUUCCGUGGCUUUGUUCCUUCAAAGGAAAUGUUUCAUGGAAACGGUAUGACUAUAGCUACGUCCAUCAUUGGGUCUACUGUCAUGAUUCACUCCUUGUUCCUUGGUUCCGGGUUAGUACAACCUAGAUUGCGUGAGUUUGAUGUCAAGAAUGGAUACGUCAAGUUAGAUGAAAUUAUUGACUCUUCUGACGAAAAACAUUCAAGUUAUGAACAAGAAGCUGAUUACUUUUACCAUGAGUAUAAGCCAUCAUACCAAUCUAUCAAAUACAGUUUGAAAUACUCGAUUGCGGAAUUAGUAGUGACAUUGUUGACUUUGGCCUUGUUUGUCAACUCGGCAAUCUUGAUUGUGGCCGGUUCGACUUUGUAUGGUACUCCAGAAGCUAUUGAUGCUGAUUUAUACACCAUUCAUGACUUGUUGCUGCGAAAUCUCGCCCCUAUUGUGGGUACUGUGUUUAUGCUUGCCCUUUUAUUCAGUGGACAAAGCGCUGGGAUUGUAUGUACUAUUGCUGGACAAAUUGUCAGUGAAGGACAUAUCAAUUGGACAUUAAAGCCGUGGUUAAGAAGAUUGGUAACUCGUGGAUUAUCCAUUAUUCCAUGUUUGAUUAUUUCGUUGUGUAUUGGAAGAAACGGGUUAGGUAUAGCAUUAAACAUUUCUCAAGUGGUUAUUUCCAUCUUGUUGCCUCCUUUAACUGCCCCAUUGAUUUAUUUCACUUGUUCGAAAAAGAUUAUGAGGGUUGAGGUUUCCAUUGAAGAAGCCGAGGAGGCAGGCGAUGAUGAUAACAAUUAUGUUGUUGAAGAUGGUCGUAAAUACAAGUAUAUGACUAAUAAUUGGAUCACUUCAGGUAUAGCUAUUAUUAUUUGGUUGUUUGUGUCGACAUUGAAUAUUUAUGCCAUUUACGAAAUGGCCAAGAACGGUGUCUCUGGGUAGAUUUGAGUAUAGAAAAUAAACGUAUUUAUUUGG